UCACAGCCACCGACCAAUCAGAAAGCUGAUAAAUCCCUCACUGGGCGGGACUUGUUUCGGCUGUAACCGAUUCAGGACAACACAGCAUUUUAGGAUAUAUAAUGUUAAAAACAUUAUACGUCUGGAUAUAGCGUCAUUUUUCAGGUCUGAUGGGUUCAUGAGAACAUCUGAGAGAGCAGAGUCUGUUCAGCACCAUCAUGGCCCUCGCUGAGGAGCAGCCUGAGAAACACUGUUGGGUGUGUUUUGCUACUGAGAGAGAUGACCACAGUGCAGAGUGGGUGAGCCCUUGCAGGUGUAAAGGCUGCACUAAGUGGAUCCACCAGUCAUGUCUGCAGCGCUGGUUGGACGAGAAGCAGAAAGGAAACAAUGGAGGAGCUGUCAGCUGUCCACAGUGUGGCACUGAAUACCAUGUUAUCUUCCCCAAGAUGGGCCCGUUGGUGUAUUUCCUGCAGCAGGUCGACAAAGCUCUGUCACGGGCCAGUCCCUUCGCUGCUGUCGGGGUGGUGGUCGGGACGGUGUACUGGUCGGCGGUCACGUACGGAGCUGUGACUGUCAUGCAGGUUGUGGGUCAUAAGAAGGGGCUGUAUGUGAUGGAGCGAGCCGACCCACUGUUCCUGCUGAUGGGUCUGCCCACCAUCCCCGUGGUCCUGGUCCUGGGAAAGAUGAUCCGCUGGGAGGAUUAUAUAGUGAGGCUGUGGCAGAGAUACGCCUACAAACGCCAGCUCCCACCAGGUAACAGUCGUUAUCUGCCCCGAGUCCCUGCUGAUGGACAGAGUGCAGGAGAUCACCUCUCUGUGUCCAGGACUCUGUGUGGCGCUCUCAUCUUUCCCUCCAUCGCCAGUCUGGUGGGACGGCUGCUGUUUCGACGGGUGUCCUCUAAUCUUCAGCGCACAGUCCUGGGCGGCAUCGCAUUUGUAUUGAUCAAAGGAGUGCUGAAGGUGUACUUCAAACAGCAGCAGUACAUCAUGCAGGCCAACAGACAGAUCCUCAACUACCCGGAGAGAAACGGAGACGGGCAGAAUGAAGGCAGAGACGAGGACACAGAGGACAGUGGAAAUGAGUAGUUUUACUAAUUUGGAUAGAGAACGAAAGAAAAGGAGCCAGAGAUGAUGAUUCAAAACCAAAUAUAUUUUAGCAUAAAACACAGCGCAGAACUGAGGUGAGUGCUACUGUAGAUGAGGAGAAUGGUUUGGGUAGUGUGGGUAGUUUGAUCUGCCUUAUGUGGAAAUAACCAGAACACUGUCAGUGAAGGAUUUCCAGCCCAAAAAUCUCAGUACUGCUGUAGAACUAACCCUGAAGUAGAUAUUCCCUCAGCUCAUCUCAGCCUUAAAUUUCAGUCUCAGCCACAGGGACACUUAGAGAUGUUUAUAAAAUGAGAUGUGUUGCCUUAUCUUUUAACAUGUAAAAGUAAAAUAAAGAAGUGUAAGUCAGUGAGUUCAGGAGUGAACAGCAAUGACCCGGUGUUUACAUGCACUGAAAUAACUGUUAAGUAACACCUUGAAUGCAACACACCUGGUUUGAUAAUGGGGAUGGAGAGAGUUGAUUUCACAGGUAGAUUUGCUCAUGUCAUCAUGUGCAGGACAAAGACUUUAGACAGAGAGAGUGACUGUGACAGCAGAGCCAUGGAACGAAAGGAAAUAUCAUUAUUAACUUGUAGAGACACUAGGGUUUGGUGAUGUGGCCAAAAAAACUAUCACAGAAAAAAAAUCCCAUCAGUCGGUAACAAUAAUUAUCAAGAUAAACGUCAAAUUCUUUCAAGUUUAAAGGCAGAUUUGAAGAGAUUUUUUUUUCUUUAUGGUUGAUGAUGAAAUCUGAUCUAAAUAUUCUAACUUGUAAAUGCAGACCUCUGUUCCUGCAACAUGAUUGGCAGCUGUUGAUUCAUUUCUGAACAUUUAUUUACCAUUGGUUAUAUUUAUAUCCAGGAAAAUUAGAAUGAUUGUGAUUGUUUUAUUGCCCAGCACUAAGAGAUACAACCUCAUAUUCAAUGGAGAGAAGAGCAGGUAAUGUCAUGUCUGAAUGGGCCUAAAGUCACUGUAUUACUCGUACUGUUUCCAGCAACUGCUUCAAGAUAUUUUAAUCCUUGGCCGGGCUCUAAGUGCACUGAUUGUUAAAUAAACGGGUGACAAUCAGCUGACUUACUGUGCAAUGACCCUCCAUCCCUGAUAGUGAUGUAACUGACUUUAAAACUGACACACACACACACACAGGUAUUUCUACCUGAGAGUAAAGCUCUGAUACCUUUUUUAAAUCGUUUGAAUCUGACCUGCUGAAUCAGAGCUGCGUACAGGCUGGAGAACUGGGUGCUACAGAUGGUAGAACAGAGACUCAAAGCAUUUCAUAGUGUUACUGCACAGAUGAAGCAGGGUGUGGUUAAUCGAGUGAAUGUUUGUGGCAAAGCUAAAGCAGAGUUGGUCAACCUCUGGUUCAGACUCCACAGGUGGUCGUUUGAUUUGCAGAUGUGUUCAGCAAAAACAAAAGAUUUAUUUUUUCUUUGGAUCUCUUCAUAUUCUUAAACAGAAUUUCAAAUUGCUUUGGGUCAGAAACAACAAAGGUGCUCCUGGAUCAGAGGUUUAGAAAGUGUUAAUUUACUUUGAAAAUUGUGUCCUCUGCUUUUGCCAAAUGAACAUGCUUUGGAUCUUUAAUUGCACAAUGUGUGUUCUGUAUAUGUUGAAAGGAGCUCUUAUUUUAUGUCUUGGUGAGUAAUUUGUUUAAUAAAGCUCUUUGUAAAACAAA